AUGAAACAGAAUAUUAUUCAACAACAACAACAACAACAACAACAACAACAGUUGUUCUAUUCUGGUUGCUCAAUUAAUCCAAAAAAGGAUGGAUGGAUGGACGGGCGGGCGGAUCCCGAACAAAUGGCGGAUGAGAUUCAAUUCAAUAAUAAUAAUAAUAAUACAAAGAAUAUUUAUAGUAAUAAUAGUUCUUCCCCUUUAUUGAAUAGUAGUAGUAGUAGUAGAUGUAGUAUUAGUAGUAAUAACAAUGUAAAUAAUCAAGAAGAAGAAGAAAUAAUAAAUAAUAAUAAUGUACAAGAUGGAAAUGGUGAAGAAAUGAUAUUGGAACAAUUUUCAAAUCAAGUAGGAGGACAUUGUGCAAUUCUAUCAAUUCAUGGAAAGAUUUGCAAACCAAUGAUACCGCGUGAACACCAAUUCUAUCGUAGAAUGUCAACCAGUGGUUCAAGACUUCUUUCAUUCAUACCAUCAUUUCAUGGUAUAGCUCAUAUUUUAAAAACUGAACAACCUCCACUUCCUCAACAACAACAACAACAAAUAGAUCAACAACAAUCAAACAACACAACAAUUAAUAGUAUAUAUGUAAAUUCACCUUCGAGCCAAUUAUUUAGAACAUUUAGUAAACAAAAGAAAAAAACAACUAAACAUCCAAUCAAUACAACUCAACAAUACAUUUUAUUGGAAGAUCUUACCAAAAAAUAUUCAAGACCUUCGAUUAUCGACAUCAAGAUGGGGACCAGACAAAAGGGUGCUAUUUGCCAGUCGACCACCUCUACCACAUUGGGUAUUCGGAUCUGUGGCAUCAGAAUCUAUUGUUCCGAUAUUAACGCAAAUAUUAUCUAUGAUAGAUUCUAUGGAAGAACGCUCAAUCAAGAGACACUGGCAUCUACCCUUUCACAUUUCUUUUAUGGUUCCAAUAAUUAUAGAGUCGAGGAAACAACCGAUAUAAUUAAUUGUAUAAUUGAAAAAUUGGAAAAUAUUAAAGAAAUUAUUUUAUGUAAAGAUUUCCCAUUCAAGUUGUAUUCUAGUAGUUUACUUUUAAUAUAUGAAGGUUUAAAUCAAAAUAAUAAUAACAACAAAUUGUUUAAUAAUUCACUUUAUAGUGAAGAUAUUAGUAGUAGUAGUAGCAGUAGUAGUAGUGACAGUAUCAGUAUUUCAAGUGAGGUAGACUCUUCUUGUGAUAUUGAUUCCAAUGUAUCAACAUUGUCAGAUUUGGAGUCUGAUGAUGAUGAUGAUGAUGAAGCAAGAGUAGAAAGAGGAGAAGGAAGAAGAGAUAGUUCUGCUGGUGAUGAUGUUGAACUUUCAGCCGCUCAUCAAAACAACCAAAAGUUUACUACUACUACCACUAAAACUACUACGACGACUACUACUACUUUAACGGCAGAGAAUGAUGUUAAAUUGAUUGAUUUUGCUCAUGCCAUUGAAGAGAAUGAAGAAAACCAAGAUAGUUUGGAAGAUGAUGGUUACAUUUUUGGAAUAACCAAUCUCAUUAAUAUUUUGGUCAAUAUUAUUAAAGAUAAAACAAUGGAACAACAACAACAACAGUCAUCACUUACAAGACACAAUGAUAAUAAUCAUGUUGGUGGAUCUUCUACUUCGUCAUCUGCCUCUUCAUCAAUCAAUACAUCGCCAUCUUCAUCUACCCAUUCUCUUCACAAUUACAACAUCAACAUCAACAACAAUGGUAAUCAUAAUCAAAAAAGAAUGGAUAGUCAACAACACAAUGGCUUUGACAGUAGUCAUGAUCAUUCAUCUUCAUCGACCAAUACGACACCCUCAACAUCGCCAAAUACAUCAGGCAACAUGUUAUCUUUGACAACACCUUCUUCCUCUUCUCAUGCAGUAGAGAUUCAAGGAAGAAGAAGGAAGAUGUUAAGAUUUCAAAGAGUAUUAAAUAAUAAUAAUAUUAGUAAAACAGUAUUAAAUAGUUUUAUCAAACCAUCUACAACAACUGUCUAUUACAACAAUAACAGAGGGUUCUCUACAUCAUCAUCAAAUGAAGAUUUAGGACCAAGAGAUUCUGAUCAAUUCGAUGUAGUUAUUGUAGGUGCAGGUCCAUCGGGUUUAUCAGCUGCUAUUAGAAUUAAACAAUUGUGUCAAGAACAAGGUAAAGAUUUACGUGUUUGUGUAGUUGAAAAGGGUGCCGAAGUAGGUUCGCAUAUCUUGUCGGGUGCUGUUCUUCAACCAACUGCUCUUGAUGAAUUAAUCCCUGAUUGGAAAGAAAAGGGUGCACCAUUAAAUACACCAGUAAAAGAAGAUGCAUUCUAUUUCUUGACAGAAUCUAAUAAGAUUAGAUUACCAACACCAAGAUUAUUACAUAAUGAAGGAAACUAUAUUGUCAGUAUGGGUAAUGUAGUUAGAUGGUUGGGACAACAAGCCGAAGAGAUGGGUGUAGAGAUUUAUCCAGGCUUUGCAGCCAGCGAAGUAUUGUACAAGGAAGAUGGAUCGGUCGAUGGUAUUGCUACGAGCGAUGUUGGUAUUGGAAAGGAUGGAAAGCCAACAUCACACUUUACAAGAGGUAUGGAGUUGCGUGCUCCUUUGACUCUGUUUGCCGAAGGUUGUCGUGGAUCGUUGACCAAGACACUAUUUAGCAAGUUUGAUUUGCGUGACGAUUGCGAUGUACAAACCUUUGGUCUUGGUAUCAAGGAAUUGUGGCAGGUCAAACCAGAGGUGUUCCAAGCCGGCAAGGUUGUACAUACACUCGGUCAUCCACUCAGUACCGACACUUAUGGUGGCAGCUUUAUGUAUCACAUGGAAGAUAACCUCGUAUCGAUUGGUUUGGUGGUUGGUCUUGACUAUGAAAACCCAUAUCUCAAUCCAUACCAAGAGUUUCAACGUAUGAAGCAACACCCAGUGUUCCGUAGUGUAUUAGAGGGUGGUCAAUGCAUCCAAUACGGUGCACGUACCAUUAAUGAGGGUGGUCUCCAAUCCAUCCCCAAACUCAUAUUCCCAGGUGGUGCUUUGAUUGGUUGUACCGCCGGUUUUGUCAAUGUACCAAAGAUCAAGGGUAACCACAAUGCCAUGAAGACUGGUAUGUUGGCUGCUGAAGCUGCCUUUGAAAGUCUCAUCAAACAAAAGGAGGAAGAGGAAUCGAACAAGGCAAUCGUACUCGAAAACUAUCCAGAGAAACUCAAAAAGUCAUGGGUUUGGUCUGAUCUCAAAGAGGUAAAGAAUAUUCGUCCAUCGUUCCACUGGGGUUUCCUACCAGGUUUGAUUUAUAGUGCCCUUGAGAUGUACAUUUUCCGUGGAAAUGCUCCAUGGACAUUGUCUCAUGGCAAACCAGACCAUCAACGUACCAAACCAGCUUCAGAAUCGACCAAGAUCACAUAUCCAAAGCCAGACGGUCUAGUUACCUUUGAUCUCAUGACAAGUGUCUCUCGUAGUGGAACCAACCACGAAGAGAAUCAACCAGCUCAUCUCAAGGUACGUGACUACAAGGUUGCUGAACGUGUCAACCGUGACAUUUACGAUGGCCCAGAAGGUAGAUUCUGUCCAGCCGGUGUUUACGAAUGGGUUGAAAAGGAUGGUCAAAAAGAUAAACAACUCCAAAUCAAUGCUCAAAAUUGUGUCCAUUGCAAGACCUGCGAUAUCAAAGAUCCAACUCAAAAUAUCGAUUUUACAGUCCCAGAAGGUACUGGUGGUCCACAAUAUGGUUCAAUGUAA